AGAGCUCGCCUGGGAAGGACUUGUGGGAUCAGCUGUAUCCGAGUAGGGUUGAAGACGGUCCGGCUAGAGUUAAGAAAGAAAGGCGUAAAACAUGCUGAGUUUACGUGCGAAUAACAUCUUCUUUAGGAAUGGGUACCUGGCUAGCACAGCUUUGUCAUCACGUCUGUGUCACCAUGAUGCAGGACUCAAUACAGAGUGGGCUGCCCUGGCCAAGAAACAGCUGAAAGGAGCCGACCCAGCUAAAAAACUCCUGUGGCAGACACCGGAAGGCAUUACUAUCAAGCCUCUUUACACAGCUGAAGAUGUUGCAGACCAAGCAACAGAAUUACCAGGGAAGUUCCCUUAUACUCGAGGUCCCUACCCAACCAUGUAUGCAAAUAGACCCUGGACAAUUAGGCAGUAUGCAGGUUUCAGCACAGUCGAGGAGAGCAACAAGUUCUAUCGGCAAAACAUCAAAGCUGGACAGCAGGGUCUCUCUGUAGCCUUUGAUCUUGCAACGCAUAGAGGAUAUGAUUCAGACAACCCUAGAGUCCAUGGAGAUGUGGGCAUGGCAGGUGUUGCUAUUGACUCGGUAGAAGACAUGAAAGUCCUCUUUGAUGGUAUUCCACUGGACAAGAUGUCGGUCUCAAUGACCAUGAACGGUGCUGUCAUUCCAACAAUGGCUAUGUUUAUUGUGGCAGCGGAAGAACAGGGUGUGAAACAAGAACAGCUGUCAGGUACGAUUCAGAACGACAUCCUCAAGGAGUUCAUGGUUCGCAACACUUACAUCUAUCCACCUGAGUCAUCAAUGAGGAUCAUCGGAGACAUUUUUGGUUAUACAGCCAAGCAUAUGCCAAAGUUCAACAGCAUCAGCAUCAGUGGUUAUCAUAUGCAAGAGGCAGGGGCAAAUGCUGUACUGGAGAUGGCUUUCACAAUUGCUGACGGUCUGGAAUACUGCCGAACGGGACUUUCUGCUGGACUGAACAUUGAUCAGUUUGCCCCUCGACUCUCAUUCUUCUGGGGUGUUGGCAUGAACUUUUACAUGGAAAUAGCGAAAAUGAGAGCUGCUCGUCGUCUCUGGGCUCAUCUUAUUGAAAAAAACUUUUCGCCGAAGAACAACAAGUCCACAAUGUUGAGAACUCACAGCCAAACAUCUGGGUGGUCCCUGACUGAACAGGACCCCUACAACAACAUCAUCCGCACAACUAUCGAGGCCAUGGCAGCCGUUUUCGGGGGCACACAAUCUCUCCACACAAACUCCUUUGAUGAGGCUCUGGGUCUGCCAACAGUCUUCUCUGCCCGCAUUGCUCGUAACACCCAAAUCAUCCUUCAGGAGGAAACUGGUAUUCCAAAGGUAAUUGAUCCAUGGGCUGGAUCAUAUGCUAUGGAGUCACUUACCAAUGAGGUUUAUGAUGCGGCUAAGGAAAUUAUUGACGAGGUUUCAGCCGUCAUGCUGCAUUGCAGUUGGGCUAAACUAAAGAUCGAGGAAUGUGCUGCUAAGCGGCAGGCUAUGAUUGACAGUGGAAAAGAGGUAAUUGUGGGAGUCAAUAAGUAUCGUCUGGAGAAAGAAGAAGCAAUCGAUGUCCUAAUGAUUGAUAACAAUGAAGUUCGCACAAAGCAAAUUAACAAGUUGAAAGAGCUCAGAGAAAAGCGUGACCCACAAGCAACAGCAGCAGCUCUGAGUGCCUUAGAGGAAGCUGCGCGUGGCAGUGAAAACCUCCUGGAAGCAGCAGUUGCAGCAGCAAGGGUCAGGGCUACCCUCGGUGAAAUAUCCCAAGCCAUGGAGAAGGUGUUUGGUCGUCACAUUGCCUCAGACCGACUGGUCUCGGGGGCUUACAAGACGGAGUACGGAGAGCAGCAGGAGUUGGCAGCAGUAACUGAAAAGAUUGAGGAAUUUGUUGAGAAUGAAGGUCGUCGGCCCAGAAUCCUCGUUGCCAAGAUGGGUCAGGAUGGACACGACCGUGGGGCCAAAGUCAUUGCAACAGGAUUUGCUGAUUUAGGAUUCGAUGUUGAUGUGGGACCCCUUUUCCAGACUCCAGCAGAAGUGGCUCAGCAGGCCAUAGAUGCCGACGUGCACGUGGUCGGGGCUUCGUCCUUGGCAGCAGGUCACCGCACGCUCGUCCCGGAGUUGGUGAAGGCGCUGGCUGACCUGGGUCGACCUGACAUCCUGGUCAUCGCGGGCGGAGUCAUCCCGCCGCAGGACUACGAUUUCCUGAGGGACGCCGGAGUGGCUGCUAUUUUCGGGCCAGGCACAAGAAUUCCUGUCGCUGCUCUGGACGUGCUUGACCUUAUCACCGUGUCUUUGAAGAAGCGAGAGGCUGUGAAUUAACUCUGAUUAAUGUUCUGAUUAAUUGAAAUCCAAUCACGAACAUUUUCUUCCUUUCGAUUAGACAGUUAUGGGGCAUUAGGGUGAUUCGUGAAAAAUAUUUAGUGUUAUCUUUUUUAUAUUGAAAAUUUGAAGUAGUAUGAAUGUUUGUAUAGCUUCAGUUUGGGUGAAUAUUUUUCCUUUUGUUUUUAUUACUAUUUUGAAUAGGAUUAUAUUUUCACUUAGGGAAGUAGAUGGUUGUAAUUGAUAAGAUAUGUAGAUUCUUCUAAUCAGAAUAUAGCUUUACUUUUCCUUACCUUUCGUUUAGUACACUCACAUUUGUUAGGAGGUAUUUACCAAGUGUAUUAAUGUUGUAUAUGUAUGUAUAUUGAGGUAGAAUGUAGACAUAUAUUAAAAAAAUAUUUUGAAUUGUA